CUCUCUCCAUUUCUCGUAACAUUUGAAGAACCUCGUGUGAAUAGCUGCAAUUUUGAAAAGUUGUUAGGCUAGGAUCUACGGGACAACGUCAAAACAACAGGUGUUACGUCUUGCGUGCACAGAGUAAACAGCGAUGAUCUUUGGUGACCUGCACUGACUAACAACAACACUGCGUAGCCUGCUACAACAGCAAGAGAGCCGUCACUGUUUCAAGACUCUUCAAUGGAGGGACUUCGAGACGCCGAAGACGUCUAAGACAGCAGGUGUUCCCUCAUCUACUUCUUAAAGGCGAGGUCAACCCUGCACUGAGAACAGUGCGCCCGGGUAAACAUGGUGGCAGGAUGGAAGGUGGCAGUGUACGUGGCGCUGCCGCUCAUCCUGCUCUGCAUAGCCGUCGCCUUGCUCUGCAUCUACUUAAAAAGGCGGAGACUCCGGCAAUACACAUCGGUGAAGCAUGCCCGCGGCCCGGUGACCAUCUCGCCCAGCCGGACGUCCCUCAAGUCUCACCCCAGCUCCUCAGAGUCGUCAGGAACGCCGCUGGCAGAGGAAUUCUGGGUACCGGCACUCAAGUCAGCCGGAGGAGAAGGAAGUACUGUGGAGCUGGUGGGCAGUCAGGUCCAGCCUUUCAGCAGAAGGCGACCCUCCAUGUCUGCUCGGUUGGAAAACUCCAGCUUCGACCCCAACUCCGAGAUGUACAAACGACUAGAGAUGAUGAAGACCAAGGAGCCUACCAUAGAGUACGCCGGAGAGCUGCACUUCGCUCUACACUACAACAGAGACAUGGGCAUCCUCACCAUUCGCCUGAUCCAGGCACGUGACCUCCAGGCGCGAGAGUUCAGCGGCACGGCCGAUCCUUACUUCAAAAUCUCGGUCCUGCCGGAUGAACCCAGAACACUGCAGUCCAAAAUACACAGGAAGACUUUAGACCCGGAAUUUGAGGAGAAAUUCGCUUUUGAAAUUCCGCCUACAGACCUGCCGAAUAGAACGAUACGGUUCCUGUUGUUUGACUAUGACCAGUUCUCGCGAGACGAGUGCGUGGGUCAGGUGCUGCUACCGCUGGAAAACGUGGACCUGAGCGAGCGCGUGGAGCUCUGGAAAAUGAUCGAGUCUUACAAGAUCAGGACGCCGGAGAAGAAGCCUGCCCUUGGUGACCUGCUCCUGACGGCGUCCUACCUCCCCACGGCGGAGAGACUGACCAUCGUCAUCCUAAAGGCGCGGGGGCUCGAGAACACGCCGCACAACAAGAGACCAGAUCCAUACGUCAAAGUGUCCAUCCUCUACGCCGGGAAGAGGUUGAAAAAGAAGAAGACGUCCACCAGACACUCUACCACAAACCCCGUCUACAACGAGGCCCUGGUUUUCGACGUGGGGAGAGAGUUCAUGGACCACGUGUACAUCGAACUGGUCAUAGUUCACGAGAACAGGUUCGGCCAGAACCAGGGGCUGGGGAAAGUCGUGCUGAGCGCCGAGUCGGAGGGGGAGGAACUAGAUCACUGGAAGAGCCUUUCUGCAUCUCGCAAAGGAACCGCUAGGUGGCAUUCUUUACAGCCGCUUCAACCGGACUGAGAUGAUGAGUCAUAAUAAUCAUUUGAAACUUUCGUAAACAUCGACAUGUUCAUACCAUUACUUACUGUGUCAAAAUACUCUGCAGUAUUUAAGAAACUUAGUUAUUUCUAUAGAUUGUCUUUCCUGCAUUUCUAUAACAGGGUCUUGGUAUUUUUGCAUACGUUCUGUAUCAGGCAUAGUCGAUUAAACCAGAAGAAAUUAAAUUUCUGUGUAAAGCUACGCUUGUUCAUGUGAAAUAAUGGCACAACGCUUUUCAGUGAACGUAUUCUGUGUCCCAACAAACAGUAUAGAUGUACAUGCAUGUUCUAUGCAGUAUAGGAAGACCUACAAGUGGGUGGGGAAAUGGAUACAGACUGGCCAAUUUGAUACUGUCUUACCCCCACCAAAAGAUCUGCUUGGAGAUUAUACCAUAUACUGUACAUCGGUUUUGUUGUUGGAUGCAUGUCUGUGUGUUUGCAUGUGUUUCCAUUGUUAUUUCCACAUAUGCAUGCUAUACACGUGGGGACGUUAGGUCCAACUAAGGUCCCAGAAAAUGAUAUCUUUCUUGUCUAAUUCUCUGUUACAUGCAUGUCUGUCGCUUUAUGGGAGCCAACGGGAAAGUGCAUCGACAAAACAUUCAGAAAUUCACAAUACCGGUAAUACAUGUGUAACAAAGCAGGAAAUUUUUAAAAAGUCUUUACAAAAUAUUCGAGGGAGGUACUAGUAUCAGGUUUCUUAUUUCAAUAUUUUAUUCUGAUAUAAAAACUGUAUUCAAUGUUGUAUCUGGAAUAAAACUACA